AAACCCAGCAAAACAUCUCAACUUGAAAAAUCAAACUUAACAUGGCAUUUUGCAUUCGCAUUUCCAUGGAGUUAUUAACAUGGGCUUCCUUAUUUUUCUGCUCUACAAUUUGUAUUGGCACUGGCAGCACAUUUGUGGCCGGAGCAACACCAGAGGCACUAGCUCUGUGGAAGAGUGGGUGGUGGAAUGCCUCCAUCAACAACGUUGCAGACCAUUGUAGCUGGCCUGGUAUAACAUGCAACGGUGCUGGGAGCAUUAACGAGAUUAGUCCACCCGAUUUUAGUGUGGGAGAGAAGUUUGGAAAAAUGAACUUCUCUUCCUUCCCCAAUCUUGUUCGCCUUAAUCUUAGCCAUCAAGGACUCAAUGGGAGCAUCCCACCUCAACUUGGUGAUCUUACAAGACUCGAGCACCUUAAUCUGUCCAACAACAAUCUAACAGGUACAUUGCCUUCUUCACUUGGAAAUCUCACUCAAUUACGGAUGCUGGACGUAUCUUUCAAUUACAUAAACUCCAUCUCCCCAAAAUUCAGGAGUUUAAAGAAUCUUGUUUCUUUGAACUUGACUUGGAACAACCUCACUGCAUCCAGUGCUCCAAUUAUAGGCCUUCCCACCAAUCUUUCCCACUUGGAGUUGGCCUUAAAUCCUUUUAAUUGUAGUAUCCCUUCAGAAAUAUGGAACUUGAAGAGUCUUGUAGCCUUAGACAUGAGUGAUUGCUCCCUCAAUGGUCUAAUCUCUUCCAACAUCAGUCAUUUAACCAAUCUGGUUUCUUUAUCUCUUGCAAACAAUCAAAUCAUUGGAUUCAUACCUUCAGAAAUAGGAAAUUUAAAGAACUUGGUUUCUCUGGAUCUAUCUGGGAACUUGUUUGUGGGUCUAAUACCAUCCCGUCUUGGACAAUUAACCAGUUUGACAUUUCUAGAUCUCAGUUUCAAUUCGUUUAGUGGCUCCAUUCCUCCAGAAUUUGGGGAAUUGACGAAUCUCACUGAUCUCCACAUGAGUCAGUGCGGACUUGUUGGUCCGCUCCCUCCAACUUUGGGUCACUUGACAAAUUUGAGAUACUUGUUUCUUUAUGAGAAUCAAAUCAAUGGCUUCAUCCCUUUGGAACUGACAAACCUUAAGAACUUGAUUGGUUUGUAUCUUGUGCAAAACCGUUUAGGGGGCACAAUCCCAUCAUCUUUGAGUCUCUUGUCCAAUUUGAGGUUCCUGAACCUUGGAACAAAUUCUUUUGAGGGCUCCAUCCCACCAAACAUAGGAAAUCUAAGUAAUUUGGAACUUCUGAAUCUUGGUGGUAAUAAAUUAACUGGACAAAUCCCUUCCUCUUUGUCUCGUUUGUCCAAUUUGUCAACUUUGUAUCUUUAUUCAAAUAACUUGAAUGGUUCUUUCCCUCAAAAUUUAGGAUGUCUAUAUAAUUUGUUGGAAUUGGAUCUUAGUAAUAACCAAAUAACCGGUCGUAUCCCUUCAUCUCUGUCUAAUUUGUCUAAUUUGCGGAGUCUGGAUCUUAGUAAUAACCAAAUAACCGGUCAAAUCCCUCCAUCUCUGGGUCUCUUAUCCAAUUUGUCAAUUUUGAAUCUUAGUUCAAAUAACUUCAAUGGUUCUAUCCCUCAAAAUUUAGGAAGUCUAUAUAAUUUGUGGGACUUGGAUCUUAGUAAAAACAAAAUAACUGGUGGUAUCCCUUCAUCUCUAUCUCAUUUGUCUAUUUUGCACUAUUUGGAUCUUGGUUCAAAUAAUUUACAAGGUUUCAUUCCUUCUAAAAUAGGAAUUAUGACUAAUCUAUCUUGGUUGAAUCUUGGUACUAACAAUUUCACUGGUUUAAUUCCUUUCACCAUACUUCAUUUACCCAAUCUGGGAAAAUUGUGUCUUGAUUCAAAUCUUUUAGAAGGUUCAAUACCCAAAGAGAUUGGGCAUUUGAAAUCUUUGCAGUAUUUGGACCUUUCUCAAAAUAAAUUGUGUGGACACCUCCCAACACAGCUUGAGAGUUGCUCCCUUUUAAAAAAACUGAAUUUGAGCCACAAUUCCUUGGGUGGAGACCUCCCAUCUGAAAUAGGAAAUAUGAAGAAUUUAUAUAUUUUAGAUCUUAGUGCUAACAAUUUCACUGGUCCUAUUCCUUCCACUCUAGGCCAUUUAACCAAUUUGACCAACUUGAAUCUCAAUUCAAAUCAUUUGAAAGGGUCAAUACCUUCACAACUUGGGUAUUUAGGACACUUGCAACUAGAUGGCUUGGAUCUCAGUUUCAAUAAUCUCACAGGCCGAAUCCCAAAAACUUUGGUUGGUUUUCCACUUAACUCUUUUAUAGGCAACCCAGGUUUAUACGGUUAUCCUUUUAGCAGCCUCACUAGUUCGCCUUCUCCCUUCACUCAACAUAGAAAAAAUUCCAACAAAGUGUUGAGACAUGUUAAAAUUAUUCUUCUUAUCACCAUUUCUCUUGUUUUGGUAUCUUUGGCAUUGUUGUUACUUUCUCGAAGAAUAAAUGGAGCAAAAAGUAAGGAAGCAAUUCUAAGUCCAACAAAAAAUGGGGAUAUGUUCUCAAUAUGGAACUUUGAUGGGAGGGUUGCAUUUGAAGACAUUAUUGCGGCAACUGAAGAUUUUGACAUUCGAUAUUGCAUUGGCACUGGUGGCUAUGGUAGUGUUUACAAGGCACAAUUGCCAAAUGGCAAAGUAGUUGCCUUAAAAAAACUUCAUCGGAGGGAAUCAGAGGUACCCACUUUUGACAGGAGUUUUAGGAAUGAAGCUAAGAUGUUGACAGAAAUAAGACAUAAGAAUAUUGUCAAGCUUCAUGGGUUUUGUCUGCAUAGACAGUGCAUGUUUUUGAUCUAUGAAUACAUGGAAAGAGGAAGCUUGUUUUGUGUUCUUAGAGAUGAUGUUGAAGCUGUGGAAUUAGACUGGGUGAAAAGGGUGAAUGUCAUAAAAAACACAGCACAUGCUUUGUGUUACCUUCACCAUGAUUGUAUCCCACCCAUCCUUCAUCGGGACAUAUCAAGCAACAACAUUCUAUUAAACUCGGAGUUGGAGGCUUUUGUUUCUGACUUUGGAAAUGCUAGGCUUUUGGAUCCUGAUUCAUCUAAUCAUACCACACUUGCUGGCACCUAUGGUUAUAUUGCCCCAGAGCUUGCCUAUACAAUUGUUGUGACUGAGAAAUGUGAUGUUUAUAGCUUUGGGGUCGUAGCAUUGGAAGUACUAAUGGGAAGACAUCCUAGAGAACUGUUGACAUUGUUAUCAAAACCAUAUUCUUUGCAAAAUGUGAUGCUAAGUGAUGUAUUGGACACACGUCUAUCGCCUCCAAGAACCAGAAAUGUUAUCCAAAGUAUUGUUGUUGCUGCCAUGCUUGCAUUGGCUUGCUUGCGUGCAAAACCCAAGUCCAGACCAACAAUGAAAUAUGUGUCUCAACAAUUUGUUGCCUGCCAAAAACAGCUUUUGAAGCCUAUUUCAACUAUUUCUUUGUUGGAACUUGUAAGUUUCGAUUUGGGGAUGGAAAAUGGAAGGGAACCUCAACCGGAAAUUGCAUUAGAACUUGCAAAACUAAAUACUGAUUUGGGGAUGGAAAAUGAGAGAGAACCUCAUUCAGAAGUUUCAUGUCAUCCAGAUGAGUUCCAUGGUUCUUCCUCAAAUUAGAUUAAACCGAGUUUCCUUGUCCUUUUUUUUUUGAAAAAAAAAUAUGUUUGUCUAUUUCAUGCUUUUCUUUUCUGUAUUAAUAUGUUGAAAUUGAAUAUCACCUUGUUUUGUGUAUAUUUCUCAACAAGAACUACAAAUUUUUUGUACUGAAACACAUGAAUGCACCGACACAAAGUUCGGCACUUAGCAGAAGAAAUUGGCUGUAUUUUUUUUAGAAGAAUCCAGACUGCAUUAUGCUGUACCAUGGAAACUAUUGUCCCCAAUUGCUUCAAUCAACCUUGAUAGCGUAG